AUGUUGGAGCGAGAACAGAUCGCACUUGAGGAGGCAGCCAAGAGCCGAGCCGAAGUGCAAGAGGCGCUGGCGAAGGCAAAGCGAGAGCUCUCCGACAGGGAGGAACGCUUGCGGCAGCGUGAACGAUUGGCGACUGAACGCACUCGUGCCAAGGAGUUAGAUCUUGAGAAGAAGGCUGUGCAGUGGCGAGCCAAUGCCCAGCAAGUCAUCGACGAGGAGCAAAUGCGCCAGUCGACCAGGGCAAAGCACCUGGAUGUGGAAGACAAGCGCCUCCAGAUGUUAAAGGAAGGGCUGGAUCGUCGAGAACAAGAGGUACGACUUGCGGAGGAGAGGAAUUCUGCAGCGGCAGCCGAGCUGACACGACGCGCGGAAGAGACUCGGGAGUCCGCGAAGGCAGCUGCGCAGGCAGCUGUGGCAGCAGAGCGCGAGGAGCUGCGCCAGGCGCAGUUCAGCCUUGAAAGGGAGAAGGUGCAGAUGGCCGGCAUUCGAGAUCAUCAAGAAGCCUUGAAGGACAGGCUGGUCGCUGAGACAGCAGAGGCGGAAAGAAGCGCCAACCAGGCCAGGAAGGAUGCCAGGGCUGCAGAAGAGGGCUGUUCGGCAAAAGCUCGGGAGCUCGAAGAUGCCCGUGAGCAGAUUCAGCUCCUCAAGGUUGCUGGGCAACAGGUCGUUGCAUUUCAGCAAGAGCUGGAGUCCCUCAGGACAGAAAAGACGGCCCUGCGGCACAUGUUUGAAACAGAGAAGCAGGCGCACAGCCGCGCCGAGUCAGACCUCGGUCAGCUCCAGAAGGACAAGACCCGCCUUUGUUCAGAAGUCGACGCAGCCCCAGAGAUUGAAGACAAAUCAACAGACAAGCUCCUUGCGGCGGAGAGCGCCCCGACCGCGCUGGCUCGGCAGCUGCAGGAGACGCGCUCCCGGCUCUCCACCGAGGCCUCGGAAACCGAGAGGCUGCGGCAGCAGCUCCAGGUGGCAGAGCAAAAGGCCGCACCACAAAAAAUGUGGGUAAGUGCUCUCCAGAACCUGGAACAAGAGAUCUUCUCUGGCUUCAGUCCGGACAUGGAGGUUGGGAAGGCCGAAUCCUUCUUCUUCCUCUUUCCAGCGAGACGAAGCCGGGCACUGGAGGAGAGAACGCUCCAGCUGGAGCGGGAGAUCAGCGCCUUCGAGCAGCGCCACAGGAGGGAGCCCUGA